AGACAUAUAGUACGACAUACGUGAGUUCAUAUAUGUACGUAUACGUGAGUCGGUAUUGUGAAGUUAAAAAUGAGAAGUGAGAGUCACGGUGAGCUGUCAAAAACAAUGGGAAAGCCGAUUCCAUUAUUUGUUCAUUACGGUUUCGCUGGUGGUGUUUCGUGUUCUGCAAUUGUCUCCGUAAAUGAUGAACCCCAUUUGGCAGUUGGCACUACAAAUGGGAAAUGCACUCUAUAUUCACCCAGAACUCAUUUACGCACUUCCACAGUUUACGUUGACUCGAAUGGCAGGUCAAUAGUAGCAGUAGGACAAUUUAUCAAAGACUGCGUAUUUGUGCAUAUUCGUGCUUAUGCAAUUGUACUGUUAGCGGUGAAUAAGGCUUCAAAGAUAUUAAGCUUUUGUUCCACAAGGACAAUACAAACAGAAUUUUAUGGUUUUUGUGGUGCAUUUUGCCAUGCAUCUCAGUUAUUUUGUCCGUUACUACAGACUGGCAAAUGUUUGAUCGGCGUUUUCACCAACACAACAGAGCAGAUGUCUCGAGUCUGGUUUCCUGAUGAUAACGCUAGCACUCUUAUGGCGUGCUCUAUAUCUGAUAAUGGAUAUUUGGCUUGUGGUUUCGAAACAGGAGAAAUAAAAGUUGUAAACGUUGAAGAUUUCAGUGUUAUAGAUAAGAGAAAACUUUUUCCCGAACCUAUUCUUGCCUGUGCAUCAUUUGUCAACAAAUUAGCUGUAUCGUCCGUUAAGUCGCCUUUGAUAUUAGUAAAUGUGAGGAUGAAUGAAAUCACUGUUGAAAAGGAAAUUUUGUUCCCACAAAAAGCUGGUGGCUGCUCUUCUCUAACCUUUUCAAAUUGCGGCAAGGAACUUGUUUCUGGAUACUGGAAUGGAACGGUGCGUAUAAAUUCCGUGAAAACAGGGACGAUACGAGCCGUUCUAGAUUUUCACUCUGAAACUAUCAGUUGUUUAUUCUGGACUAAAAUUGAUAGUCAACGUUUAUUGUUUGUUUGUUCAAAGGAUGCGAAAUUAUCAAUAUGGAAUUUAUACAACGAUUAAGUUAUUAAAACAAAUUCUGUUUUAUUGCAAUCCGA